AUGGACACAGCAGCUCAAAGCCCGCCGGCCGCAGCUCAAAAUGCCCCCAACACCACCCCGAUCCCUCAGCCUGCGCCCAAACGCCGCCGCACCUCGGGCCAACCCUCGUCGCGCGGCGUUGCCAACCUGACGCCCGAGCAGCUCGCCCGGAAGAGGCAGAAUGAUCGCGAGGCACAGCGCGCCAUCCGCGAGCGCACCAAACAGCAGAUCGAGCGCCUGAACAACCGCAUCCGCGAGCUCGAGUCGCAGCAGCCCUACCAUGAGCUGCAGAUGGCCCUGCGCGCCAAAGAGGCCGUCCAGGCCGAGAACGACGACAUCCGCCGCCGCUUGUCGUCAGUCAUGAGCCUCAUCCAGCCCAUCCUAGGCACUCACGGCCUCAAUGGCACGUUUGGCCCGUUCGCUGCCGCAAAAAUUGCUGUUGCUGACUUCUGA